AUGGUUUAUGAUUGUCCAGAAUAUGACUUAAAGACCUGCUACAGAAACCUUACCUUCAAGGUGCGCAAAAAAAAUUCAGAGGCAACAAAUGGACAGAACUUGCAGAAACAGUCGAAGAAAAACGAUAACUUCCAGCCUUCCGUUGCCUUUGACACUGUCCCUUUCACUCUAGGUUAUUCUUCUAUACACGACAGUAGAGAAGGAUUUCUAGGUGUACCUGUUCCCAAUGAUUACACUAUGGAAGAGUGUUACGAUAAAGAAACAGAUUCUCUCUCAGCGAAUUUACAAUAUUACCUAAAGGACACAUUCCAAUCGCCUUCUUUGAAGGCCAGGAAAGAGGAUGACUCUGUUUCCAACAUUCCUCCAAUAAAAUCUCCAAAGCUUUUGAAGAAAAGAACUGACAUUAAGAAGAUUUUCUUAGUAUCUCAAAAUGGGAAAAUCGUAAGGAGAGACUAUCCAAGUACUUCAGUGAUUACUAAUGAAGCACUAAUGGUAAACAAGUUAGAAAAGAAUUGGAACAAAUUAUGGCGUCAAAGGAAAGCACAAAUAAAUGAAAGGCUAAACGAAAAAAAAAAGUGGUUUGUUCAGCCAGAUAUUAUUUUCCCCAAAGAACACAUUAAACCGUUAUAUAGAGGUGAUGACGCUACGCCUUGUACUAAGGAGCAAAGAAGAAAACACAAAAUCUUCCAACAAAAAAUUGGAUAUCCUAAUAAUCCGAAAACAAUACUUUGUUAUAUUAGUGGUAGAAGGCAUACUUGGGUUGCUCUAGAUUGGACCCUUUGCAAGAUUGCACAAGACAUGGAUCAUAUUGUGGUUUUAACUACACUACCAAGAUUGAUAUGUAACAAGAAAAAAGGACGAAAAGGGGACACAGAAUGGGCAUCGGGAUAUCAAAAGGAAACAAUCGACCAAAAACUCAGUGAUAUCUUUGAGUACAUUUUACAGCUUCUGAAGGCAGUUAAAGCUUCUGUAAAAGUUACUUUGGAAAUAGUUAUAGGCAAAACCAAAAAAUCACUGGUGGACGCAAUUAACGUUUAUACACCGGACUUCCUAGUUAUCGCUACUUUGAAGCAUGAAAGAAAUGAAAAGCUCAUCAUAUAUAAAUCUAAAAAACUGGCUGAUGUUUUUGCUGUAAGCUUUCCUAUUCCAGUACUUAUCGUUCCCUCGAAAAGAAUGUAUUCCUUCGAACUAAAUUUACAAAGAAAAAUGAAUGGAUGCAUAAAUAAUAGUAGCAAUACCCAUAUAAACAAUGAAAAUACUGACAGAAAUAAUACAAAUGAUUCACCAUUUGAAAACAACGAAAUAGUAGCUAUAUCUUCCGAGAUUUCCUUAGAUUCAUUUGCAGAAGACUUCAAAAAAAAAAAUUCAAUCAACAAGCACUCCAAUUCUUCAAAUGAAUAUAUUAGAAAAAAGCUACUAAGUGUCGCCAAAACUUCAAGGGAGAAGAUCACCGAUGAUUUAAAGACAUUACACAAUGAUAAACAACAACGGAAAUGUAGCCCAAAAGACAUAAAGCUGACCAAAAUUGACAUUAUAAUAAAAGAGUCCUUAAAAUCUUCUUUGAAGAUAGACAGGAUGCCUGGAAAUGACUCAUCGCACUCUGAUCACAAUAAAAAUAUCGCUAAUCUAAAGAACUCUCUAAUAGGCAAUCAGUCAAAGGGUACAGAAUACAGAAAAUCAUUAAUUCCAUAUUCUCCUUCACAAGAACAGGUCCAUUUGGAUACCGUUGUCCCCAGCACCUCACCAACGUCCCAAAUCAAGUUUGCCAACUCAGUCAAGCACAAAGAUGGGAGAGCUGCCCUUGGCAAAGUCAAAAACCUACCGGAUAUGGAACAUACUAGGUCUUUUGAAGAAGAGAAUUUAACCACUGACCUGCCCGAUAAUAGAAGUAGUGUCGAUAAUGACAUUUCGUUAAGAAAAGUUAAAAGCACUGGCACACUGAGAAAAGUCAAAAGCAACGACUCUUCCAGUAGUUCUGGCUCUAGAAAAAGCUCAUCCAGUUAUACCACCGCAAAUGCUUUUACUGGUGGCGGGGUUGGAAUCUUUAGGGUGUUUAAAAGUGGAAGUUCCUCUGGGAACAAAUCAUCUAGUAAUAGAAGAAGAAGUACCGGCAGUGACGUUUUAGAUAACAGUGAUCGUAGCGGCAAGAAAAAGAAGAAAAAGAAAAAGUCAUUGUUUUCCGUUUGGUAA